CCGGCCCCGCCGAGCCGCCGCUGCCCCCUCCGCACCGCAGGGGCAGCCAUGGGCAAGCACAGCAGCAAGCUGGCGCCGGAGAUGUUGGAUGACCUGGUGAGGAGCACGGAGUUCAGCGAGCAGGAGCUGAAGCAGUGGUACAAGGGGUUCCUCAAGGACUGCCCCACUGGAAUCCUCAACCUGGAGGAGUUCCAGCAGCUCUACAUCAAGGCCAUUUACAAGAUGGUGGGGACUGUGAUCAUGAUGAGGAUGAACCAGGACGGGCUGACGCCGCAGCAGCGAGUGGACAAAAUCUUCACAAAGAUGGACAAGGACAAGGAYGACCAGAUCUCCCUGGAGGAGUUCAAGGAGGCGGCCAAGAGUGACCCGUCCAUCGUGCUGCUCCUGCAGUGUGACAUGCAGAAAUAGAGCCCUGGCGCUCCGGGCUGGACUGGCUGMGGCCAAACUCUGCCCCCUGUGAUGGUUUUGAUCCCCGUUUUUYCCCCGUUUGGCCCCAGGCAUGAGCCACAUUCUGUUCCUGCUGCACCCCGGGCAGCCCACACCCCAAACCCCACACCGUCAGCCCAACCAACCUCUCCCUGCGGCCACUGCUGUGUCCUGGCUGACCAGUGCUGACCAUCCCUGAUGCUUUCUCCCUGCUUUCCACCCCUGGCCCAUUCCCUGAUCCCAAAUCCAUGCCCUUUCUGCCGUUCCCCCACCCUUCAUGGCUUUGUGAUGUCUCCAGGGAGGCUCAAAAGUGUCCCAAGUGCAGUUCCUGAUCCCUUCUUCACUGGAAGGGAUCCCUGGAGGGGUCAGGGCUGCUCCCAAGGGUGCUGGGCAGGGUCUUGCACCAGCUUAAUUCUUCCACCUCUGCUUUUCCUGCCGGGAGCAGCCAGGGUUGGUCAGAAAUAUCCAAAGGUAGCCCUGGAUGUGGCCAGUGUCCGAUCCCAAAGCCACCUACCAUUCAUCAGGUGGGUGGGUGACAUCCCUGGCAGUGCUCUGUGGCAUUUCUGACAUUCCUGGAUAUUCCUGAAUAUUCCUGGAUAUUCCUGGAUAUUCCUGGAUAUUCCUCUGGAUAUUCCUGGAUAUUCCUGUGGAUAUUCCUGGAUAUUCCUGGAUAUUCCUCUGGAUAUUCCUGGAUAUUCCUGGAUAUUCCUGGAUAUUCCUCUGGAUAUUCCUGGAUAUUCCUGGACAUCGAGGUGAUGCCCGGGGUCCCAAAUUGGCAGCAGGGUCAGGACUGUGGUACAGAAGGCAGC